AAAAUGAGUUCUGGGCAUAUUUUUUCUAAAUUCUUUAUUGUUUCCUGAGGAAUCAAAUUUUUGCCGUUCUUCUCCUGUCCAAAUGAGCUUCCAGGGACUAUGUUUUUGGAACAUAACCUGGGAUGCCACACGAGCAGCAUAGCAUCCAUGGGACAUGUCACCCAUUCGUCUUUUUGAGAAAGGCCCGGAGCUUCCCGCCUGCUUUGUAAAGGGCAUCCCCAGGAGCUCUGUCCAGACAUCUGCCUCUGGAACUGCAGCAAUGCCAUGGCCAUGGCCACCCAGGGCAGCUGACAGGGUAGGGCCGAAGGGUGGGGCCGGGCUGCCCAUCUGUGACAUCAGCAGGAAUGCACGGCAUCACAAUGCAGGGGAUGGCUCUAGGGCCGUCAGCAGGCAGUGCUGCUGCAUUGUAGCCUGGGCCACUGAUCAUGGCUUUGGCGGUUCUUCUCGCCUUGUUGGCGCUGAAGGUGCAAAGUGUUGGUGUCGAUGACGAUGCGGCCACGCUCGAGCGCAUGUACCAGCGUGAGGUCUAUCUGCAAGAGCAGAUGACGCGGAUGCUGCUCGAGAUAGAGCAGAGGAACAUGGAGCAGAGCUGGGUGGGCGUGCCGGCCCUGCUCUUUCCUCUGUUGGACUACUGGAAGCUCUGGUUCAGUAUGGGACUCUUUUUCUUGCUCUUCUGGAUCACGUGGCGGUCCCUAAGAAGGAACCAGCGUAAGGAAGAGGAACCAGAGCAACAGGAUCAGCAGGUGGAAGAGGUGGAACAAGAGGGACAGGCGGAGCAGGCGGAACAGGUGGAACCGGUGGAAGAAGAGGGACAGGAAAGUCAGGAGGACGAGGAGGAUGAUGAAUACUUCCAUGAUUCAGUACUGACCAGAUAUUUGACAUUGCAUGCCCUGGCCAAGCUGAAAGGAAGGGCCAGAAGGUGCCAGCUGGUGGAGGAGCUGAUGAGCGACCUCCUGCAGAGCUUUAGGUCCAUCUGGUCAGACAGUUUCUUCCCGGUGCUGCAGCCCGCCAUCGGGGUGGGCAGCGCCUUUGAAGGCUGGAGUCCCCGUGAGGAGGACACUCUCUACUGCCUGCUCGUGCCCAUGGAGGCCCCCCGCGGGCACGUCUUUGUCGUGGAGCUGGGCAGCGAAGGGGAGCUGCUGGCAAGGAACUCCCGCAUCCGCGUGGAGCUGGUGUGCACGUGUGUAAGGGAGCAACAGCCGGGGGGCAUGCUGUGCUUCCUCCACAGCCCUGAGGACAAGCUGAGCCAAAAUCAAGGCACCAGCCUCCUCCACACACUUUGCACUGGCUCCUACCUGGAUGUGCAGAGAACUGCCACCUGGUUCAACCUACAGGUGGCAGGAAUCUGGACGGCCACCCGCCGGGCACGCGCCUACAACCUAAGGGUGCUGCCCUCCAGCCGCUCCUGCAAGCUCCAGCUGACAAAGACCUCCAGCAGGGAAAAACUGCACGUUGAGUUGCUGUUCGGGGUGCAGCAAGGCAACUCGGACAUCUUCCUGAGCAGCCAGAACUCAGAGGCUGGCUUUACGCCCAGCACAACAUGGCCGCAGAGCUGUGCUGUGGCGGAAAAGAAGAUCUUCGAGUAUGCGGCCACAAAUGCCGGACCGAGCAGCUCCCACAAGAGCUGCCUGAGGCUCUUUGCCCACGUUCUAGUGGGUAUGGGCUUUUCCACCUACACCAUCAAGACUAUUGUUUUCUACCUCCUGACCACCAUGCCUCCGGAGACCUGGCAGAGGAGGAAUUUCCUGGGUCAGCUGCAGAAUAUCCUGCAGUACCUGCAGAACUGCCUGCAGAAAAAACGCCUGGACCACUUCCUCCUUGCCAACUCGUUGGUGCCCAAGGAGGUUGUCCUGCCGCAGGCCUUCCGAGCAGCCCGCCCGCUCAACCUCUUCCAGCACCUGGAGCAGGACCCGGACGCCCACUCCCAGGCGCUGAGUGACUGCAGGGAGCUGAAAGAUCGCCUCCACAGACUGCUGGUGUUUGGACGAUGAAAGAGGCCUUCACACGCAGAGCUCUGCUUGCCGGCAGCACUGCACACGGCAGCCGUUCCCUGCUACCACAGCGUGGGGAGCCGGACCCCGUGCAGGUGAAGAGGCCUCUGCACAGACACUGCUAACAGACUCUCCUGUUACCAGCUGGGCCGGGACUGCCCAGCCUCUCUGAGAGCAUCCCUUUGUCUGGGAGCUUCGUGCUCUGUAAAAAUGCCAAUAAAUGCCUUGCUCAACUCAGUGCUAUGUCUGAGAGUGAUCUGUGCAGGGAGGGACGCCAGCGUCAGUUGCACAGUGCCAUGGCGAGACAGCUUCAGAAUACUGCCAUGAUGGGAGAAUCCACCAUCCUUGGAGCACAUAA